UCACACACACACACACACACAUACACACACAUACAUAUACUUCCUCUCACACCACUCUACAGGCAGCAGCAGCAGAGAUCCCGUGCCUGAAGCAGCAGGAACAAGAUGUCUGCUCCAACUUUUGCAGCAAACAUAAAGUCCAACAUGGAGCGGGGCAUGGAAAUGAAGGAUGAGGAGAAGCUUUACAAGCGAGACGGGAUCCUCUACUCCACGAUCAUGAGCCCACCGGAGAACCUAGAUGCCCUUAAGGACCUGGAGGCCAGGGAGGAUGAUGUCAUGCUGGUAGCAUACCCCAAAUGUGGCUGUAACUGGAUGGUAGGAGUGUUGAGGAAAAUUAUGACUACAUGUGGAUACACUCUCUCUGAAAGGCCCCCUCUGAUCGAGUUCCACUCUCCAGACGCACAGAAGAAUGCAGCCCAGAUGCCAUCCCGGCGUUUUUUUGCAACUCAUUUGCAUCCUGAUUACAUCCCUGUUUCAUUUAAGACCAAUAAAACAAAGAUGUUGGUGGUGUUUCGAAACCCCAAAGACACCGUCGUCUCUUAUUACCAUUUCAUGAACAAAAACCCAGUGUUGCCCAAAGCCGAGUCCUGGGAUAAAUUCUUCUCUGACUUCAUGUCCGGUGAAGUGGGCUGGGGUUCAUAUUUUGACCAUGCCCUGGCCUGGGAGAAACACAUGGAUGACCCUAAUGUGUUGAUUGUGACUUAUGAGGAGUUAAAGGAGAACCUGAAUGAGGGUGUAAAGAAAAUCACAGACUUCUUCAGCUUCCGUCUGACAGAUGAACAGGUCAUGGUGAUUGCCGGAGAGAGCACAUUCAGUGCCAUGCAGUCAAGCUCUAUAUCUUCUCAUGGAAAGUUUGGCAACGUCUUUUUCCGAAAAGGUGAGGUAGGAGACUGGAAGAACCACUUCAGCGAGGCUCAGAGUAAGCAGAUGGAUGAAGAGUUCAAGAAGAAACUAUCAGGAACCAAACUGGCAGCCAAACUUAAAUACGAGCAGUACUGUCAGUGAUCUGAAAUAAUAAACACUCUGAAAUCACAACAGUGAUUUUUAGGCAUAAAUAAUUAACACAUUGUACUUUGAGCUCACAUACAGUAUAUUAAUUAAUUUAAACUCCAAUAUACUGUGGUAGAUAGCUAAAAUGACAAUAACUCAAUAGCUUGCACAUUGACUUAGGACGGUCACUGUCCUAAUCUUUAUGUACCUGACUGUGUAUAAGAUGGUUAUCACAUCUGGAACACUCCAAUGCUAUAUAUACACCAUUAUCCUGAUUUUUAUUGUUGCUUCUUCCAGUCCAACAUGGCUGACAGUGACAGAUGCAGCACGUCUCAGGCAUUUCUGUCUACAUUUUCUACAGAAAUACUCAACUCAAAUAAAAAAAGACUGCAGCAGAGAAGUUCAUUUUUUCUAAAUAAGACAUUGAAAUAAUAAUAAUAGUAUUUGUUAAAAAUAUUAAAUAUAUUGGCACUGCACAGACAAUGAAAUGUAGUGUUAAUUAAAUGUAGUAUUAUAUAAAUAUAUCUUCUUUUUUUUUUUUUUUUAAUCAUUUUGGGUACUUACUUUUUUUUUUAAAGCCCCAUUUUACUUUUACUUGAUGCCUGCUAAUUUAAAUUUUUAAUAUAGGUGAUAUAUAAUUUGCAUACCAUUUUCUUAUUAGUAAAAUAAUCUAAAUUAUGUAUAUGUGUUAUAAUAAGUUUAGUAAAGUAAAAGUACAAUAAAGAAUCACACACUGAUUUUGGUAAUUAACUGAAGAAUAUGAGCGAACAUUAAUUAACAAUAGCUAACGAUAGAUGAUAGCUGUGGUAAUAUAAACUAGUUUGUAUGAUACAUAACUUAACUGUCUGUCAUGAUACAAAUUAGCUAAAGAAACACAGAAUGUAGCUGAUGACAGACAGAUGUUUGUAGAUAUACUGUAUGUGGAAAUCACACACAUUUCAGAUAUGAGCAAAGGUUUUUUCCACGAUAUACUGUGAACAAUAUGUGACAAGUGUGAAAAAUAAAACCACAUGCCAUACCUGUGAAAAAUUAACUUCAAAAUAUAAUAAAUGUGGUAGUUUUAGGUUAUUGCUAGAGAUGGCACAGUACCACUUUUUCUUUUCUGAUACCAACACUGAAACCCAUUUGAUGUUGUAUUCUGUAUCAAUCCUAACAAAUGAAAACCCAGUCAAGUCUCUUUCAUCUACUGAAAAUCUAUACCUUUCAUACCAAAAGCCAAAAGCCAACACGAACAAUAAAGGGUUAACUUUGAUUUGUCAGAUCACAUUUUGCUCACAGCUGAUUGGUCCAAUUUAAGUUUGAGUUCUUACCCAGAAUAAAACGUGAAUAAAGGUUAGCCAUUGAGCAUAAGUUACCAUGGUGAUGAAACCCAGUAAAAACCAAUCCACCUUGUUGAGACCGAAAAACCAGAGGUUUGCUCAAACUAAUCUCAAACUUACCUGGGUAGCCACCGAAAGCGGCUUCGUGAAACAGGCCUCAAGAGUAGAUGUUCAGAGCUAUUUACUCUUUAAACAAUCAAUCCAACAGGACACGUCUGGGUAACAAGGAACACCUGUCGCAUGUUCCAAUAUUUUUGCUUGCCUACAAAUUGCAUGAUCUAAUACCAAAUGUGCCACACCGUUUAACACAUCUACAUAUAAAUACCAUGUAAUAAAAGCUGAUAUUCGAA